CUCACAGUCUCUGCAACUUCAAAUAUAUCUCUCUCUCUCAUCAAAUGGCGUCCCACGUCGGCGCCAGCCCACGCGCCGCCCUUCGAACUCCCCACACCCACAAACACCCCCUCAUUUCCACCACAGAACUCGCCAAACACUACAAACCCACAACCAGAGCCAAAAAACAGAGCACGAUUAUAAUAACUAGGGUUUCUUCCAAUGGCGGCGGCGAGUCGUACCUCGACAUGUGGCAGAGCGCCAUGGAGCGAGAGAGGAAGGCGGUGGAAUUCCAGAGAAUCGCCGAGAAAUCGGCCGAAACGGAAGGAGGGGGAGGGGGAGGGGGAAGAGGAGAGAGUGGGGAGGCCUUGGAGAGGAAGAGCAGUGAGUUCCAGAAGAUUCUGGAAGUGUCAAAGGAGGAGAGGGAUAGGGUCCAGAGAUUGCAGGUGAUCGAUCGGGCCGCGGCGGCGAUUGCCGCGGCCAGGGCGAUUCUGAAGGAGGAUGGUUUGUCGGGGCCGGCUGAGAUGGCCCGUGAGUUGGGCAGCGGUGGAUUUUCUGGUGAGGGUGGUGGAGAUGGGGAGGGUGAUCGGAAAGGACUCGAGAGUGAGAGUUCUAUUAUUUCUCUAUCAGCUGAUACUGGAAGUGGAACACCUGGUACUAACUUUUGGUCAUGGACACCUCCUCCAGAUACAAAUAUCAAUGGUGAAAGUAACCUGAACUUAGCUAGACAAGCUUAUCCAUAUCCUAGCAAAACAGACCCUAUACUAGAGAAAGAACAAUCUGUAGAUUUCCUGCCAAUCCCCCUCGAGAGCAAACUUUUCCAAAGCAACCACUACCCUCCGCUUCCACCCCUUGAAUCCAUAAUAGAUGUUGAGAAAGUGGAGAUUUCGAGUCAAGAGACGGCUCACGAAGAAGAGAAACGUGAACUUGGUGUUCAAUUUUCAGCACAUGCAGCAGAAGCAGCUCAAGCUCUCGAUAAGGCGGAUGAGGCAGUAACCCAAGGAGUCAAUCCUGAUGGAUCAAGGUGGUGGAAGGAGACGGGAGUUGAACAAAGACCUGAUGGUAUUGUUUGCAGGUGGACUUUGACAAGGGGUGUUAGUGCUGACCAGGCCCUUGAGUGGGAGGAAAAGUAUUGGGAGGCUGCUAACGAAUUUGAGCAUAAGGAGCUUGGUUCUGAGAAAUCAGGACGUGAUUGUUUUGGAAAUGUUUGGCGUGAGUUUUGGAAGGAAUCCAUGUGGCAGGAUUGUGGAGUUACGCACUUUGAGAAAACAGCCGACAAGUGGGGAAAGAACGGACAAGGCGAUGAGUGGCAUGAGAAAUGGUGGGAACACUAUGAUGCCUCUGGCAAAGCAGAGAAAUGGGCACAUAAGUGGUGCAGCAUUGACCCCAACACACUCCUCGAGCCUGGCCAUGCUCAUGUUUGGCACGAAAGGUGGGGCGAGAAGUAUGACGGGACGGGCAGCAGCACGAAAUACACGGACAAAUGGGCCGAGCGCUCCGAGGGUGAUGGCUGGUCAAAAUGGGGUGACAAAUGGGAUGAGAACUUCGAUUCAAAUGCUCAUGGUGUCAAACAAGGGGAGACAUGGUGGCAAGGAAAAUAUGGAGAGCGCUGGAACCGCACUUGGGGUGAGGGUCACAACGGAUCUGGAUGGGUGCAUAAGUAUGGAAAGAGCAGCUGUGGCGAGCACUGGGAUACUCAUGCGGAGCAAGAUACGUGGUACGAGAGGUAUCCCCAUUUUGGGUUCGAACAUUGCUUCGAGAAUUCAGUCCAGUUACGUGAAGUUCGGAAACCAUCUGAGUACUCAUGAGACUUGAAAAUUGUUCCGUUUUCAUAUGACCAUGGUGCAUACAGAAGGGCAUACACGGGAUAUAUAGUAGCUUACGUAACUUGAAGAGGAGCAGAUCUGUUUUCUGAAGUUCUGUUGUAUCCUUGCAAGUGUAACAGUUUACAUGCAAUAAGAGUUGGUCUUAUUUCUGUCUUUUCCUUUUUCAGCCAAAAAAGUAGGCAUUAUGUAAAUUAUAUCAGUAGUCACUGUAUUGAGAUACCGUAUUCAGAUAAA